AUGGAGACCAUUACCAAAGCCAACAUUAUUCCCAUCUCUCCUCAGCAUAUAGACAAGCAAUUUUCAAAGACGACCAAUCUCGCUUCCUCCACUCUGGAAUCCAAAGUCCUUUCCUGCAGCGAUGAAUACUUCGCCGCUGCAUCCAACCUUCUCACUCCUACUCCGCCAAUCCACCGCCCAGGAGUCUUCGUGCAUACCGGAGCCUGGUACGACGGCUGGGAAACCAGACGGCACAAUCCCCAGCCGUUCGACUGGGCAGUCAUCCAGCUAGGCGUCGGAAGCGGCAUCGUCGAAGGUGUGGAGAUCGACACCGCGCACUUCGUAGGCAACUAUGGUGAGAGCGUUCUCGUCGAGGGAACGUAUAUAUCUGGUGAAACCGGACAGGGCGACGAGCAUCCCGUCACAAGCCCGGGGUACCAGGGCUGGAGUACGAUUCUGCCCAUCCAGCACUGUGGGCCAUCGAGACGUCACGCCUGGGCGUUGAAGACACCCUCAGCUCCACUUACACAUGUGCGUGUGCGGAUGUAUCCGGACGGUGGCUUCGCGAGACUCCGCCUAUACGGCCAUGCGGUUGCGCCGUCGUUGCCGCCCGCCCUCAGAAAUACCUCGGACCGGAGCGUAUUGCCCCUUGAAGAGCUCUCGUCAGCGCUUUUUGGUGCCGUAGUGACUUCAGUUAGUGACCAACACUUUACACCUGCUUCUAACCUCCUGCUACCCGGCAGGGGAGUCAAUAUGGGGGAUGGAUGGGAGACUGCACGCUCCAGAGAUCCGGGACAUGUCGAUUGGGCUAUCGUCAGACUUGGUCUUUCUGGCUCCGUGGAAAGGAUCGUCGUGGACACGAAGGACUUUAGGGGCAAUUUUCCUCGUGCGGUGCGAGUUCACGGCAUGAUGUAUACCGCUGCUGAUGGAGCGGACGAGGAUCCUGCUCACAAUCAACCAGGCUGGAUCGAGAUAAUCGACGGAGAUCGUCCGUGCAAGGCUGACACGGAACAUGUUUUUGAAGGAGAAGAUCUUGCUCCCGUUAUGAGAAACGUGGUUGGAUUUACCCAUCUAAAGCUGACCCUCAUCCCCGAUGGUGGAGUCAAGAGAUUCCGAGCGUUUGGCCGGAGAAGCCUGCAUUGA